UUGUGUCGCGCUUCUCACGACUGUACACGGUUCCUGAUUCAUUCGAUGUUACUGUAGAGCUCCCAAGUCAUUGCAAAUGUUUAAUGAUGGUUAAAUCAGGGGAUAAGAAAAUAGAUUUCGUGAACUGAUUAAAAUCGAAUCAGAAGCGGCGUGCUUGUGUUUCGUUAAAUAUUCUACAGUCAAGUGGGUGUCGGUUUAUUUAGCCCAAACAAUUCGGCGAACCACCCGGGAGUCUUUCAUUUUUACAAAUGUCACUUUUGACAGUGAGAAUCGGUCCAGCACACCACCGUGUCUGUAAUUAAGUGCUGCAAUGGAACCCAGCGGAAUGAUCAGAAUGGCUACAUAGCGUAGUAUUUAGUUAUGCAUUCGCCAUAGUUUUCAGAACACCUUUCUUCAAUAAUGUUCUAGCUGAUCUUAUGAAAAUGUACUUGACACGAAUCAUUGGAGUCCUAUAAAAUGUGUAUUAUUUCGUGUAAGUGGCAUGAUUAUCUGCCAGUAUGGAAUAUAUCCAUUUGGCCUCGCUAUGAACUUGCUUCGUCUCUUGAGUCCGCCGUGACAAUAAACGUGGACUCCUGUGGCUGCGGGCUGUUAACGGUUCAUGAUUAAUGUUGCAUCCUUCACCGAGUCGAAAAGAUGGAGGACGUUAUGCCGUCGGAAGUUGAUAAAGCGAAGGAGUUCUGGAGUAAUGUGGACGUGAACAUUGUGUUUGAUGCCCUGUACGACCGCCUGCGGUACCUGAGAGAGCGGAUUGAAGCUGACAGCGCCACUCACAGAGAGUUUAUUGUGGGCAUGAACAUAAUUCUGGCAUCUGAGCUGUACAUCAGUCCCAAGAGUGAGACUGACCCAGAUGAAGAGGCAAUGCUUUAUGAUGAUAUUCUGCCGGUUGCGGUGACAGAUGGGGACAGUGAGGAGUGGGACUUGGAGCGCGAGCUGUUGCAGGAGAACUCACGAGAGAGCCCCUCUUUUGGCCCGGACACCCCCCCAGCCCAGCCCGGCACGGACAAACUCCCCCGCUCUCCUUCAGCCCUGCAGUUUGAGAGGGGCGACCUCUCCCCCCUGUUACCCACGCAGUCUGAAAACCAGGAGCUCCUGCCCGCCCCCUCUCCUGGACGCACUGAGAGAGAAGCCCUCCUGCCCCCCCUGGGUCCUGCCCACACGGGGGCCAGCCCCAUCCUGCCCCCCGUGGUGUCUCCCCCGUCGGGCAGGGCGAGCCCCAUGGCCCCCCUGUCUCCCCUCCUGCCCCUAUUCCAGCCCCACUCCUGCAGCUGGAUCUGCCUGCCCCGCCCCACCCUGUCCACGGAGCACCGUCUCCGGGGCAGAAACCCGCUCAAACUGCCCCUGUUCUGGGGUUUCCAACGGCAACACGCCACGCCCCCCGGGGCGCCGGAGGGGGUGGUGUUCUACAAGGCGCCGUGUGGGCGGAGCCUGCGGGGCCCGGAGGAGGCGUGCCGGUUCCUGCGGGAGGCGGAGGCCGACGCCCAUCUGCACGCCGGCCUGUUCAGCUUCAGCGCCGCCGUGCAGCUGCACCGCAGAGAGCACUGGAGCGCCAGAGAGCUGCUGGACCCCGACCUGAGCCGUGGGGCGGAGCCGGUCCCCGUGGCGCUGUGGAACGGGCUGGACGGGGCUCGGCCCGAGAGGUUCCGGUACCGCGCCCACCGCCGGCCCCGGGGCUGCCUCCCGCCCACGGGCCCCGUGUUCACGGCCUGCUGCGCCUGCCCUGACGCCUGCACGGACCCCGCGCUCUGCGCCUGCCUGCAGACCCCCCCCCGCCCCGCGCAGACCCCCCCCCGCCCCGCGCAAACCCCCCCCCGCCCCGCGCAGCCCUCCCCCCGCCCCGCGCAGACCUCCCCCCGCCCCACGCCCGCCACGCUGUACCACCACGGCCGCCUCGCCCGCCCCACGCCCGCCGGGCUGUAUGAGUGCGGUCCCUGGUGUGGGUGUGACCGUGCUCGCUGUCAGAACCGCGUGGUCCAGCGCGGUCUGCAGGUGCGGCUCCAGGUGUUCCGCACCCCGGACCGGGGCUGGGGCGUCCGCUGCAUCGAUGACCUGGACCAGGGAACCUUCGUCUGCACGUACACCGGUGUGGUUCUGAGGGCAGGCCUGGAUUCGGGGGCGUCGUGUUUGGGUGCUGUGACCUCUGACCCCUCGCCUCACAAGCGGAGGCGGGGGGACCAGUCCUCGGACGAUGAGGUGGAGGUGGUGGAGGAGUGGAGGGUGGAUCCGGCCGGCCCAACAAACCCUGAUCCCACAACCCCCCCCCACCCCUCGUCCGGCUCGCCCCCCGUACACGUGUCUGUCAUCAAGACCCCCACCGGACCCGCCCCCCCCCCAGAUGACAGCGAGCAAACCGAGCCCCAGUCUGGAGGUACUGAGAGAGGAACAUCCCCCAGCUCAGUGUCCCACACAGAAGCAGAGAAUGGCAAAGAGGCGGAGCCUGGGCUGGACUCGGAGUGGGCGUGGCUAGGGGCGGGCGCAGACAGAGAGGAGGGUCACGCUGGAGUGGAGGAGGAACACCUGUAUUACCUGGAUGCCACGGAGGAGGGCAACGUGGGCCGCUUCCUCAACCACAGCUGCUGUCCAAACCUCUUUGUGCAGAACUUUUUCAUCGACUCGCACCACCGUGACUUCCCCACCAUAGCCUUCUUCACCAGCAGGGUGGUGACAGCUGGAACAGAGCUGACCUGGAACUACUCGUACGACCCAGGAAGUGUUCCAGAACAGGAGGUUCCGUGCCAGUGUGGCUGUGAGAGCUGUCGGGGAGUGGUGAUCUGAAGGGUCGAAGGUCACGUGCUGUGAGCUGCCUGUUGGGGGGCAUUAGCAGGGUGUUGCUGUAAGAGAGCAUGCAUGCUCAGUCAACCUACCCUGUAUAAAUAAAUGUUAAAAAAUAAAUGUCACCCUCCCUAAGUUAUAUUUUUGAGCCCUGCGGAGUCAUUUGUCCUCUGCAUCUGACCCAUCCGAGUUACUGAGGAGCAGUGGGCAGCCACAGUGCAGCACACUCCACACAGAGAGGAGAACACACAAACUCCACACAGAGAGGAGCACACACAAACUCCACACAGAGAGGAGAACACCCAAACUCCACACAGAGAGGAGCACACACAAACUCCACACAGAGAGGAGCACACACAAACUCCACACAGAGGAGCACACACAAACUCCACACAGAGAGGAGAACACACAAACUCCACACAGAGAGGAGCACACACAAACUCCACACAGAGAGGAGAACACACAAACUCCACACAGAGAGGAGAACACACAAACUCCACACAGAGAGGAGAACACACAAACUCCACACAGAGAGGAGAACACACAAACUCCACACAGAGAGGAGCACACCCAAACUCCACACAGAGAGGAGCACACCCAAACUCCACACAGAGAGGAGAUCACACAAACUCCACACAGAGAGGAGCACACACAAACUCCACACAGAGAGGAGCACACCCAAACUCCACACAGAGAGGAGAACACACAAACUCCACACAGAGAGGAGAUCACACAAACUCCACAGAGAGGAGCACACACAAACUCCACACAGAGAGGAGCACACACAAACUCCACACAGAGAGGAGAACACACAAACUCCACACAGAGAGGAGAACACACAAACUCCACACAGAGGAGCACACACAAACUCCACACAGAGAGGAGCACACACAAACUCCACACAGAGAGGAGCACACACAAACUCCACACAGAGAGGAGCACACACAAACUCCACACAGAGAGGAGAACACACAAACUCCACACAGAGAGGAGAUCACACAAACUCCACACAGAGGAGCACACACAAACUCCACACAGAGAGGAGCACACACAAACUCCACACAGAGAGGAGCACACACAAACUCCACACAGAGGAGCACACACAAACUCCACACAGAGAGGAUCCGGCCGGCCGGGACUCGAACCCAGAACCUCCAUCUUGCGAGACGACAGUGCUGACCCUCAGCCCGCUGCUGCGGAUGGACUGAAUGUUUCUUUGAUAAUGUAAUAAUCCUGAUGUUUGUUUGAUAAUGUAAUAAUCCUGAUGUUUGUUUGAUAAUGUAAUAAUCCUGAAGCCAUACAUGUUCAUGGCACCGGAAGCUCUGAGACGCGUGUGAUCGUUGCCCUGUGUACGGAGUGCUGCGCUGGGGUGGGCCACCUUUUACCGAAACUGUUUUAUGCUCUGUAAUUCAACAAUUGCUUUAGUGGGCACUGUGACGUAGUUUGAUGUGUCGUUGUGAUCUUGCUGUUUAUAAUGGUUUCAGCAAUCAUGAUGCCUGUUCAGUUAUCAUAAAAGUGUGGUUUACAGUGAUUUCACAAUCAUUAUGGCUGUUCAGCUACCAUUGAAGACGUGUUGUGUGAGUUUCCUUGGAAAUUACACUUUACAAAAAAGAUUCUUUUUUGAAUGUCAUGUUUGCAAUAAACCUUUUUCCACUUGUA